AUGGCCUUUGUCAGUUUUGUUCUAAUAUUUCUCAUCCUUUUACCUCACCUUGAUGCUCUUUCUCAUGGAUCCUCCUCAAAUGUACCAAACCAAACCAUGCAAACCAUGAUGUUACAAGCUUGUUCCAACACUGACAAUCAAAAUUCAUGCCUUUUGAAUUUGCAAACCGAGCUCCAAAAAAUAGGCCCGGAUCAAAAACCCACUUCAGUCUUGAGUGCUGCACUUAGGACUACAAUCAAUGAAGCAAGACAAGCCAUUGAAACCAUUACAAAGUUCAAUGCUUUGUCUGUCAGUUACCGCGAACAAAUAGCGAUCGAGGAUUGCAAAGAGCUUCUCGAUUUCUCAGUCUCUGAAUUGGCUUGGUCUUUAGAUGAGAUGAAGGAGAUUCGAGCUGGUGUCAAGAACUUUCACUAUGAAGGAAAUUUAAAAGCUUGGUUAAGUGCUGCACUAAGUAACCAAGACACAUGCCUUGAAGGCUUUGAGGGCACUGAUAGACGUCUUGAAAGCUUCAUAAAGGGAAGCUUGGUACAAGUUACACAACUUAUUGGCAAUGUUUUGGCUUUGUACACUCAAUUACAUAGCUUACCAUUUAAACCACCUAGAAAUAAUACCAAACCAACAAACAAAAGUUCUGAUUUUCCAAAAUGGAUGAGUGAAGGUGAUCAAGAUCUCCUUAAAUCCAAUCCACAAGGUAUGCAUGUAAAUACCAUAGUGGCAGUGGAUGGGAGUGGUCAUUAUCGUACAAUUGCUGAAGCCAUUUACGCAGCUCCAAGUUAUAGUAAUAGGAGGUAUGUCAUACAUGUGAAGAAGGGAGUUUAUAAGGAAAACAUAGACAUGAAGAAGAAGAAAACCAAUAUUAUGCUUGUUGGUGAUGGGAUGGGACAGACCAUUGUAACAGGCAAUCGGAAUUUCAUGCAAGGAUGGACUACUUUUCGAACCCCAACUGUUGCCGUCUCCGGGAAGGGAUUUAUAGCAAGGGACAUGACAUUUCGCAACACGGCUGGACCUGAAAAUCAUCAAGCCGUGGCACUCCGUGUUGAUUCGGACCAAUCCGCCUUCUACCGGUGCAGCGUGGAAGGCCACCAAGACACCCUCUAUGCCCAUUCCCUCCGCCAAUUUUACCGUGAAUGCAACAUCUAUGGUACCAUAGACUUCAUUUUUGGCAAUGGGGCAGCAGUCCUCCAAAAUUGCAAAAUAUUCACUAGAGUACCAAUGCCAUUACAAAAGGUUACAAUCACGGCCCAAGGUAGAAAAAGUCCACACCAAAGUACUGGGUUUGCAAUCCAAGAUAGCUAUAUUUUUGCAACCCAACCCACCUAUUUAGGGAGGCCAUGGAAGCAAUUUUCUAGGACUGUUUAUAUGAACACUUAUAUGAGUGGGCUAGUCCAGCCCAGAGGGUGGCUUGAGUGGUAUGGGGACUUUGCCUUGAGCACAUUGUGGUAUGGUGAGUAUAGGAACUAUGGACCUGGGGCAUCACUUCCCGGGCGGAUCAAAUGGCCCGGUUAUCACAUCAUCCAUGAUGCUGCCACGGCUGAUUACUUCACCGUCGGGCGGUUCAUCGACGGGUCAUCAUGGUUGCCGCAUACUGGUAUCAGGUUCACGGCGGGAUUGAGCAAUUAAGUCAUUCAUAUAUAUUGUUAUUUAUUCAUUUAUUUUUGUCAAUUGCGCUUAUUACAUGUUUUUCUAGUGAUUAAAAACAAUACCCUUAGUUAAUGUAUGCAGUAUCUCUACCAUUUCAUCAAAUUACUAACAUAUGAAAU